GUCACGCAUUAGAGCGUCUGGCUGGCUUCUGCUACAUCUCCAUCAUGCGGACGUAUGCCUGUGCUCUUGCUCUACUGUUUUUCCCUGUUUCUAUUCUAGCGGACCUUCAAUAUGGCUUCAACCAUGCUCCAGUUCAGAAGGAUCCUGACUGGGUGGACCAACAAUUCUUCUUUGUCGACAAAGCCUGGCAACUACUCUCCCCUGUGUUUACCGACGGUCCUGAUGAUCCUGAAGGAUGGACGAAUGGUACAACUUCUCCGACCUCCGACGCCACCAUGAAGCGCUUUUUGCAGGAUUUUGCAGGGAGGUAUCCUGCAUACGCACAGUACCACGAGCUCGAGCAGAGAAGUCCAGAGGGGCGGGUGAUUCCAUACGUGUAUCUGUCAAAUGGUGACCACUCGACAGCCAAAGUGCGUGUGUGGCUCCAAGGAGGAGCGCACGGAAACGAGUCUGGAGGCGAAGCUAACCUUCUUGCUUUGAUCGGGCAACUUGACGCGAAUUCAACUCGUACUGCCCUCCUGCUGGAGAAGCUCGAUAUUAGUGUACUCCCUCGUUACAAUCCGGACGGCGCGUUCUACUACCAACGCUUCCUCCCAGAUAAUCUCGACCCCAACAGAGAUCACAUCACGGUCACUCACCCACAGACGCGUGCCAUCAAAACCCUCCUCAACCAUUUCCAACCACACAUCGCGGUCGAUAUGCAUGAUUUCAGCGCAGGGAGACGUUGGUUGAAUGGCCGAUACGCUCAUUCUUCAGACAUGUUGCUCGCUGGGGCUAAGAAUCUGAACAUUGACGCAGCCAUCCGAAACCUCACAGAGAAUCUCGUAGUAGCUCGUAUCCGCUCCGAUCUGGAUAAAGCAAAUUUCAGGCACUCGGACUACGUCACCUCAGCAAAAGCAUCAAAUCCCUCGGAUAUACGCUUCAACGAAGCGGGUCCCGACGCCAUGAUUGGGCGCAACUCCAUGGGGCUCUCCCAGACGAUUUCACUUCUCACAGAGACCCGAGGGAUCAACCUUGCAGAUCAACACUUCGCGAGACGAGUUGCAAGUUGUUUGUGCACGGCCAAUGCUAUCCUCGAUGUAGCUUGGGAGAACUCUGGUUUGAUCCUCGAGACCAUCGACCAAGCAGUGAAAAGAGUGGUAGAAACGGAUGAUGAUAUCAUUGUCACUUCCCAUUCAAGGAUUGGCCGUCGCCCCUACCCAUUCAUCGAUCUUGUUGACCAGAAGCUAGUGGAACACGAUAUCGAGUUUGCCUUUACAACGCCUGUGGUGGCAAAUCUCACUCGCCCUCGCCCGCACGCGUACCUCAUUCCUGCAGCCUACAGCGGCAUCGCCGAUCGCCUGAGAGCACUUGGUCUCCAUGUCGAAACCCUGACAGAACCUUGGACAGGACUUGUCGAGGCCUUGCGGAUAACUAGUGCCUCAGCUGCUCCCCAUUAUUUCGAGACGGCAUUCCGGUACACAGUCACCACUGAGCCUUACGAUCGCGUAUUCCCCGCACCAAACGGAUCCUUCGUAGUACGAACGGACCAAAAGCACGCUGCUCUCGCCUUCGUCGCACUCGAGCCCGAAAGCACCGACAGCUUCGUGACAUUCAACCUCAUGCCUGUCAUCAAAGGCGAUGAAUACCCUAUCUUUCGGGUGAUGAGCGAUGCGUUUGGGCCUUCUCCACAACAGGCUAGAAGACCAGAUCUUCUUGUUACGGCUCCAAAUCGAAAGAUAAUGGAUCAGAGGUCGAAUCAACUUGUGUUGUUAGCAUUGUUUGCCGUAGCCGUCGUAUGUGUGGGACUUGUGUGGCGUCGAGGGUGUUCUGUGCGCCCAAGCCCGCCAUCGCCUUCUUGGCUAGGAUAUAGUAGACUUAAGUGAUUUUAUAAUGUGGCGGACUUCUUGUUGUGCUGUUGGAAAUAUUAUGCAUGCUUGUUCUGCCUCAAGUGGGACACUGGCCUGCAGUUGUUAAAGACAUGUUCUGGAACUUCGACUGAAGUGUACGCAGUAAUCAUUUCGACUCGUGAAUAACCAAUAACCAUAUACC